AUGGCUGUUGGAGAGCCACGGUUUGGGAAGAGUGCCAAUCCCUGCCAACAAAGUUCAGAAUGUUCAGACGAACAUCCAAGUCGUCUCGAGUUGCAGACGCAGCCCGAGGCUCCAAAUGCCAUCGUUGAGCAUCAACAGUACGCUUUGGGAUUCUGCACAAUUAAAGUCUUUGCAGCAAGGACCGAAGCUUUCUACAAGGCCUUGCGAGACAUUGCCCAGUACCUGCCACCAGAAGGCGAUUCUUCAAUUGAGGCCAUGCAAAUGGUCACAGCACAAAGGAAAUGGAUGUUCGAUGUUGGAUGCGCUGUAGGGCAGGUGGUAGGUACCUUCUACCAGCUGGAGAAGAAUACUUUGAUGGAACUUCAAGUGAUGUGGGAGACGGGGCAAGGAAAUUUGUCUGUGAAAGGCAUGAAAAAGAAUUUCCGUGCAACAAUCAAGAAUUUGAUGAUGUUGACAGAAUAUCGCAAGGCAGCGCAAGAGAAGAUUGACGAGUGCAAGAGCUUUGCCAAUCAAAUGGUGAUAUGGAAAGGACAGGAGCACAAGAUGCAGCAUGCUGUGAUGGAGCUGUUGGGAAACUUUGGUGGCGGAGAGCAGUGUAAGGCACUGCUGCGUGACUUGGACACGCGAAGCAAGGACCUCUCUGCAGCUCUGGAAGAAGAGAAGAAGGUAGCAAAUCAGGUAGCAGAGCUUAGCGGCAAAAGGGAGGAGCUCCAUUGCAAGUUCCUUGUCUAUGACAGCAUUGCAGCAAAUGAAACGGGCUCGUUGACUACCCUGCAAGAGCGCGCCAAAAAGGCAGAUGAGAUCGCUGCCCAAAAGGAAGUGGACGCAGCAGAAACCAUGGAGAGCACGCGCUGGGGCAGGCUAGGCAGGUGGUUUAUGGAGUGGACUGACAGCAAGGUCGAUGUAGCAGCGUGGAGGGCAGAGCGCUUCAGAAGUAUUGCCAAAGCUGCCAAACAAGCCCUUGGAGAUCAACAAUCGCUGACACAAAUGGCCGCUCAAGAGGCAGGUGUUGUAAAGGGUGAGCUCACCACUGUAGAGGUGAAGCUGAAGGGGGCCAAGGAGAAAUUGAAAGAAGCUGCUCAAGCAACAACAGAUGCCAGGAUUCAACUUCGCGAAUUGAAAGCACGGUGCCAGGAGUUGAGGAAAACAUUUGGUGGCCUAGACCUUCAGCAGAUUGGCUCGUUGAGGGACCACAUGCAAAACUUCCCUGAACUUUUGGGAGCACAGGGCAUGGAAGACCAUGGCAUGUUUGCUUCAAUGGAAGGUGCACUGAAGCAGCAUGAGCGGUUGGUGAACCGUAUGGAAACAUUCCUGGAAGAGGAAGAUGAUCAGGAGUGCAUCAGAAUCUUGAAUAGUUUGCGCUCGGUCAUUUGCAAAGCCAUCGAUGAUGCACAGUUCUUUGCUGAGCGGCUCAAACCUCUCCAGGACAAGAUUGUGGCGCGAAUGAACGCCCUGCCACUGCCAGAUGCUGAAUGCAAGGCAGCUCCUAAGCCCAUGGAGCAUGAAGAGCAUGCUUCCAGUGAUGACUGGGAGCGUGUGACCUUGUCUGCAGACGAUGCCUUGUGGUGA